UGAAAGCCACUGAAUGUCCUCCAUACUGCCGCGGACUUGACGCUCUGUGGUCGCUGCUCGGAGAUUGUUUUACUCUCCGCGUUGCUGCAUUUAAUCACAGCGUCUUUGCAGUUCUCCGAGGCCGGGAACAGUUCCCUUGGAUCUGUCCGGAGGUAAUGGUCUGCACUGGCGAGCGACGCGGUGGUUCUGUGUCUGGACCGGGGGACCUGAACAUCCGGGCCCACAGCGGGAGCAGCCCCUGAGCUGACCCAGAAAGCAGCGCCGACGGCCGGGGGCUGGCUGUCCACACGCAUGACGGUUAGCAUCCGGUUGCUGCUGCGGAACCCGGAGAGAUACUCAGGCCGUUGACUGCUGUGAGAAUAUUUUUCGGAGGAUUUCUAGUGUUAUUCUAUCAUUUCUGUGGAGCUUGGAGGGCUAGCGAGGAGCUAGCUCAUAGCUAGCUGUCGUCGUUAGCUCAUCUGUCCUAAGCCGACAGAGCGGGGCAUCGAGGGUUCCCAGCCGUGCCCUGGUGCUUGGUUAACGGACCUCUGGGAACUAUGGCUGCUAAUCUAAUCAAGGAGAUCGUUAGCAGGAACAAGCGGCGGUAUCAGGAGGAUGGGUUUGACCUGGACCUCACUUAUAUCUAUCCCAACAUCAUUGCCAUGGGUUUUCCCGCUGAGCGACUUGAGGGCGUCUACAGGAACAAUAUCGAUGAUGUCGUUCGGUUCUUGGAUUCCAAGCACAAGAAUCACUAUAAGAUCUAUAACUUGUGUGCAGAGCGACACUAUGACACUUCGAAGUUCAGCUGUAGAGUGGCUCAGUAUCCAUUCGAAGACCACAACCCGCCACAGCUGGAGCUAAUCAAGCCAUUCUGUGAGGACUUGGAUCAGUGGCUUAGUGAAGAUGAGCAUCAUGUGGCUGCCAUCCACUGCAAGGCAGGAAAGGGCCGCACUGGAGUCAUGAUCUGUGCCUACUUGUUGCAUCGAGGGAAGUUCCAGGAAGCUCAAGAGGCCCUAGAUUUCUAUGGAGAGGUCCGGACAAGAGACAAGAAGGGUGUGACCAUUCCCAGCCAGCGCCGCUAUGUCAUCUACUACAACUUCCUGCUCAGGAACCGGCUGCACUACAGACCUGUGGCCCUGCUCUUCCACAAAAUGUUGUUCGAAACCAUCCCCAUGUUUACGGCUGGUACAUGCAACCCUCACUUCGUGGUCUACCAGCUAAAAGUGAAGAUCCACACCUACAACCCUGCUUAUACUCGCAGGGAGGACAAACUGAUGUUGUUUGAGUUCCCUCAGCCACUACCUGUCUGCGGAGACAUCAAGGUGGAGUUCUUUCACAAGCAGAACAAGAUGAUGAAGAAGAUGUUCUUACAUUCUACAGGAUGUUCCGCCAAUCCCGUCUUUCCAGUUAAAUCUGAGUUUGAGUUUCCGCAUGGAUCUUCAGGCAUUCCUAAUGAUGAAGCUCAGGAAAAGAUGUUUCAUUUCUGGAUCAACACAUUCUUCAUCCCAGGGCCAGAGGAGUCCUCGGACAGACUGGAGAACGGUAGCUUUGCAACACUUCGAGAUCUUUCUGACAGAAUGUUUCAGAAUCCAGAAUUGAUGAUGGGGAGUGAGACCAACGACAGAGACUUCUUGGUUCUGACACUUGACAAGAAUGAGUUGGAUAAAGCCAAUAAGGAUAAAGCCAACAAGAACUUCUCCCCAAACUUUAAGGUCAAACUGUUUUUCACAAAGACUGUGGAGGAAGGAGCCAACUGUGACACGUGCAGUAUGUCGACCUCAGUGACCCCAGAUGUCAGCGACAACGAGCCGGAUCACUAUCGCUACUCGGACACUACAGACUCAGAUCCUGAGAACGAACCAUUUGAAGAUGAUCUCCAUAGUCAGAUCACAAAAGUCUGACACACACACAGACACGCACAUAUUCAGUGUAAACGUGUACAUAAAUACACAAGGCCAGGAACACUGGAUGGAGACCAGUAUUGGACUAGAAGUCUGGGCCAGAAUUGAUCUGUGGACUCGGGGUCUAAAGAGCUUGGAUCAGAUAAUGACACCAAACGUAUUUUAUCUACUCGGUGCACAACCAAACAAUCAUGAUGGGGUGAUCAGUUGGAAGUGGCUGAGGCACAGAAUGGGACAUUUUAACAGAAACUGAGUAAAACUUGAAUCUCAGAAAGUCAGAGGUUUUCUUCAUUGAGGUAAACCUAACCUUUCCUAGAAUCUUUUAUUUCAUCUUUUUUUUCUUUCCUCCAGAAGAAUGUUUUUGUUUUGAAAACAAAAAUAUUCUAACUUUGUUUCCAUUUCUGUCCUGUCUGAGUUCUGGCUUGGUUCUUCUCUCUGAGCAUUAAAUUCUUGUCCAAAAUCAUGUCAGCUGCUUUCCUUUAAAUUGAUCAUAAUCCAAUCAAGAUCAGGAUAAAAAAAGAUUCAGAUGUGAACCCAGAUGCACAGAAGUUCCAGAAAUCCAGAAUUUUUUAAAUUAGAACAUUUGGUUGAGUUUGAUCCCAACGCUCUGGUAGGAAGCUUGAGGAGGAUGUAAAGCAGUCUAGAUCACAGCAGGAUAUUUUAGUUUGCAGAUUUUCUGGCUAAUUGUUAACCAUUGGUUUAGAAUUUAUUUUACUAGUCAGAGCAAGAAAUCUUUAAGGUUAGCUUUGGAUUCUGAUCCUAAGAUGUCCUCCUGACAUAGUGUUGUGGAUUUCCAGCUCAGAUCGAUUCAGGACUCUGUAAUAGUAAUAAUUUAUGGGGUUCCAUGUGUCACUCAGAGGGAGUUUCCAACCCUGUUAAUGAAAUCUACUCCAAAUCAACUGGCAUUUUGUCAAUCAGUUGUUGGAGUCUGUCCAAUUCCAGGUAUAGGAAGUGUGUUCUGUUUUUCUCUAGCUUCUAUCUGUCAUUAACCUAAACAGCAAACAAGCUCAUCUCUCUAACCAUCCCUGUUCCGGAUGCUUCAGCCUUGUAAAUAUUCCUGAACAUGUUCAAUCCAGCUAGAAAAGCUCUUCUGGUUGUUCGGCAGCUUUCUGUUAGUAUUAUGAACUUAUCAUAUAAGCUACAGAGCCUUCUGGAAAUGCAAUCCAGGUUUGGGAAGGAUCAUGAGGUCUUUAGAAUGACUGGUCUGAAACUGUUUAAGAAGGCUGUGCCCCAUCCCUCGGAGUGUCACUACAGCUAAGCUGGUUCUCUGUAAGGUUUCUGGUGCUAAAACAUUUCAGAAGGUUCAAUGAUAGAGCCUCCUAAUGGGCCAGAUUUGUCAAAUCAGAAGUGCUUCUGAUGUUUAAGGUAAGGUAAUUUUAUUUAUAUAGCACAUUUUCAACAAGGCAUUUCAAAGUUCUUAACUUAGAUUUUUUUUUUAUGUUUAAUGUUUGUUCAAACUGAGAUAAUGUAAUCUAGACAGCAAGUUUAAAUUUUUCUGAAGCUACUUAGAGAUGUUCCAGUUUAGAUCCUGACUCUGGUCAGUUUUUUCCUCCUCUAGUUUUCCAUAUUUUUUUCCUCUUAUGUUGCAUCAGCGCUGUAACUCUAUUUGCUAUGCAGUCUUCAGAUUGGAUCACACGGAAACUGACUUAGCUGGAGCGUAUCUGACUAUGAAGGACUCUUGUCUCUUAGUUCAGAUCCGUGAAAACUCUGAAGUUGUCUAAUUGGAGAAGUUUCACUGGUCAUGAAACUUCGCCAUCUGGACCUAGAUCAAGUCCAUGGGGUGAAAGCUGAAGCUCUGAUCACAUAUUGGAGUGGUAGAACCUUGUAGAACAUUCUCUCUCAGGGUCAGAUACAGUCUCUUCCAAAAUGGACAGUAAGGCAAAUUGCAUUGUUUUUGUUGAACAAUGAAGACAUUUGGGUUUAACAUCAAAACAUGAGCAUGACAGAAGAGUUCAGAAUGUCACCUUUUACUUCCUGGUUUGUACAUGUAGAUGUGUUAAACAACUCAACACAUACCACCCUUUCUUUGAAUCCACCCAUUUUUCAAAUGAGCCAAACUAUUGGAACACGUGAUUGAAAGGUGUUCCUUGUUGACCAGGUGUUGCCUUUAACGUUGAUUGUUCAAACAUUUAAAUAGCUCUGCUUGACUAGUCUACUUUUUGGCUUAUGCUUAAACCUAGUAGCUAGGAGUUUCUUGUUGAAGAGGAUAAACCAACAUGAAGACCAGAGAGCUGACUAUGAGAGAAAAACAAGCCAUUUUGAAGCUGAGAAAAGAAGGGGAAUGAAUCAGGCCCAUUGGCCAAACAAUGGACAUAGCAAGCACAACAAUUGGAAUGUUCUGAAUAAGAAAAAAACUACUGAGCAACAGACGGCAAACAGGCCAGCUAAGGAAAACAGCAGUAGCUGAUGAUAGAAAUAUUGGGAGAGCUGUGAAGAAAAAUCCCAAAACAUCAAUAAGUGACAUCACUAACGACCCCACAGUGCAGGGCUGAACAUAUCACAAUCCACUGUUCAAAGAAGACUCAGAGAGCAGAAAUAUAGAGACUAUACCCAAAGAUGCAAACCACUUGUAAGUAGUAAGAAUCGGAAGGCCAGAUUGAAAUUUGCAAAGAAGUACAGAGAUGAGCCAGAAAAGUUCUGGUACACAAUCUUAUGGACUGAUGAAACCAAGAUUAAUCUCUACCAAAGUGAUGGAAAGGCCAAAGUUUGGAGAAAGAAAAGAGCUGCUUUGGAUUCAAAGCACACAAGGUCAUCUGUGAAGGAUGGUGGAGGAACAGGCUCAUUAUUUUUUAUUGAUGUAAGUGAUGAUGGUAGCAGCAGAAUUAAUUCAGAAGUGUACAGAAACAUUUGUCUGCCAAUUUACAGGGAAAUGCACCCAAACAAAUUGGGAGAAAUUUUAUCAUGCAGCAGGACGAUGACCCAAAACACACAUCCAGCAAAACAAAGAACUUCAACAGAGGGAAAAAAUGGAAGGUUUUAGACUGGCCAAGUCAAUCACCUGACCUUAACCCAAAAGAGAAUGCAGUUCACCUCCUGAAAUAUUUGAUUUGGGGGAGGAACCCUCCGAAACAAACAAGAACUGAAAGAAGCUGCGGUAAAAGCCUGGAAUAGCAUCACAAAUGUAGAAUGCAACAGCUGGUGAUGUCAAUAGGUCGAAGGCUUGAGGCACUCAUUACAAAUAAAGGUUAUGCCACCAAAUAUUAAAUACUAUUCACAUUAAGUUUCUUUGUUCUUCUGCUCACCUAAAAAUGCUGUGGUGCAACACAAAUGGUGAGAUAUCCAAAUGUGCUUGCCACAUCUACUGUAAAAACCAGGAAGGAAAAGUUGACUUUCUGAACUCUAGUCAUGCUCAUGUUUUGAUGUUGAACCCAAAUGUCUUCAAAGCAAUUUGCCUUGCUGUUCCAAUACUUUUGAAGGGGACUGAAAAUUUUCUGUCUGGUGUCGGUAAGGGUUCGAUAUGUCAAAUGAAGGCUUAUGAAAACAGAGAACUGACAACUGGGCAAAAAUUGUUAGGUUUCUGAGAGCUGUUGAAGUUUUUCCAACAGUCUUCCAAAUUCCUAAUCCUGUAUCAAUGAGGAAGCAUUCCAUAUUGGUUCUUGGAGCUUUUUUCCCCCUCCAAAGCUUAAUGGUUUAGGGUUAAUAUAAUCUUAAUGGGGGAUUUGGACUUUGUAAGGGAAACUGCCUGGCACUAGGAGUUAAGGCAGAAUUGGCUAAAUCAGAACAUUGACCAGCUGCUCAUUUUCUGACAAGCGUCAGGUGGAUGAAUUUAUGGCCUUUCCUGAAGGUGCUGAUAUCCUAAAGUGUCUCAGAACUGAUCCUCAGAUAAGAUUCUCAAAUGUUUAGAUUUGUUGAGUAAGAAUUGGAACCAGUAAGGUGUUCAAUUGGAAGCACAAUCCUGUUGAACUCCCUGUAUGAAUAGCGACAAGCUCCAAGAUAACGCCUCUGCUUGUUCUGGAUCUUCAGCCCAUCUCAUUGGGUUUCAGAUGCUAAGCUGCAGCUCAUUCAGAAAGUUCACAUGUCAGAGGCGGGUUGAUUCCUGCUCCGAAAAGUGGGUUCUGGACUUUUGAAAUGGGUUUUGAGUGGACUAUAUGGAUCAGAGGUAUUAACGGUCAAAUCAACUGAGGGUCAUUUGACUUUAUCAGACAGACCAGGAGACAGAAUCAUGUCUUAUAAGACAUUAUAUAUCACAUUGCUCAUGUUUGAAUCAAAACUACAGUAGGUUUUGAUUUGACCAUUUGGGUUCCAUUUCAAUCUCCAUUCUCAUCAACAAAAAGCUCACUUGGAUGUUUGUGUGAUUUUGGGUUGAAGUGGUCAUUGGUUGUCCAGUCAGUAACUUUUGUUCAGCUGAUUAGCAAAAUGUUGUUCGUAUGUUGGUGUUUGAACCUGUACAUUUCAUGACAUCAGUGUUCAGUUUUAGUGGAAUAUCUGAUUCUGCUACUCAGUGGAUAUUUUAAGUUCCAAACAAUAAAAACCUUCAAUCACAACUGUAGACUGUUCCUGUAGAAUGGCUGUCAGUAACACAUUGACAACUUCUGAGUUGUGAAACCAUCAGCUUCAAAAGAUGUUUGUAAAUGUUUUUCUUUCAGUCAGAAGUCAAACAGCAGAGUUGCUGUGACACUUUGAGUUGUUACUAUACACAUACAUUAAUACACACAUAUUAUUCUGACCCCUCCCCUCUUUUAUCUGCCGCUACCCAUUUUAUAAUGGAAAAAAACAAAAAACACUGUAAAGUGAAUAAACUAUUUAUAAACAGCCA